AUGUCCUCACCACCGCCCUCAAAUCCGCUCAAGCGGCCUUCCAUCUCCUCAUCCGCCUCCCAGCCCAUCGGCAAGAAAGCACGCAUGCAUCCCCUCCGACAGACCUCCUUCCCCGCCUCUCUCGACCCAGAACGCAGCUUUGCUGCGACCAGUGAUGCAGGUAGCGUCACGGGCAGUUUCACUGGCAGCUUAGGUGGGGCGAGCGCAGAUGGCGUCUUCUCUGCAGCGCGCGGUAAGAAGCGCGGCCGCAAGAGCAAGGCGGAGAAAGAGCGUGAAAGGGAGGAUGCUAUGAGUACCCGGACUGGAGAUGCUGGACGUCUUGGAUCUGCGGACGGUGAGAGCUCGGUGCGCGGAGGGAUGGGUGGAGGCGGCGGCGCGGACGAGGCCGACGAGGAGGACGAUGAUGACGAGGGCGAUCUGCUGGGCCGGGAUGAGGGGUCGACGGACGUGGAGGCUGAGAAGAAGAACCUUGCGAUUCUUGUCGAAGCGUUUAAUCCUCAGCAGUCUGAGCGAUAUGAUCUGUUCAAGCGUGCAAAGCUCCGGAAAGAGUCGCUUCGACGUAUUGUCAACCAUGCCCUGUCACAGUCUGUGCCGGCUAACGUGGUGACUACUGUCAACGGUUUUACGAAGGUCUUCGCCGGUGAAAUGAUCGAAAAGGCGCGCACCGUCCAGGCUGAGUGGGCAGAGGCGCACGAUCAGGCCGCGCGGGCCGCGUUCGAGGCUGAAGAAGAGGCUGCAGAGCGAGCUGCUCAGGCUAAACUGGCUACGUCUACGGAAGCUAAGACUGCCACUCCGACACCCGCUGGUACUCCCGUGUCCCAAAGCAAUGGGAUCAAGAGAGAGUCGCCCGAUCCCAACCGCCCCGGGGUCGCCUCCAGUAUUCCGAACAACGUCAGCUCCGCCUCUCCUGCUCCCAAUAGUGUCGCUCCCUCUCCAUCGUCGACACCUCUACGUCCACGCCGGGAGUUCCGUCUGCCACCGAACCCACACCGUGGGCAGCUAUUACCGUCGCACAUACGCGAAGCACUGCGUCGUUUCAAGCGUGAUGGUGAGAGCGGGGGUGUUGGUUUCUCCGGCCUGAGUAUGGACAACUUGCAAGUCAAGGGUGCGUUCACAUGGAACUCGGGCACAGUUGGCGGACGCAGACUCUUUCGUUAA